CCGACUUUCAACGCGGGCUGCCGGGCCAGGGGCGGCCGCGGUGGGAAGCCGAGGCGCGCGGGAGCCACGGAGGGACCGUCCGCAGCCCGGAGGCGAGGAACCGGGCUGGGUUUUCCUUAACCUGGCCCCUUCUUAUCUCAUAAUUUCAAUGUCCUGAAAUCUGAGGAUUCCACCAAGAUAAUAUGAUAGGAACUUUCAGUGAUUUGGAGCCGUAUCCUACUUAGACUAAUGCGGGCCUUCCAGGUUUCCUAAGAGCUUGUACAGCAGCGCACACUGCUGUUGUUAAUCGGCACAGGCAAGAAUGCCAUCUUUGCCUCAAGAAAGAGUUAUUCAGGGACCCUCUCCCCUGGAUCUGCAUACAGAAUUGCCUUAUCAAAGCACGAUGAAAAGGAAAGUCAGAAAGAAGAAAAAGAAGGGAACCAUUACAGCAAAUGUUGCUGGGACAAAGUUUGAAAUUGUUCGUUUAGUAAUAGAUGAAAUGGGAUUUAUGAAAACACCAGAUGAGGAUGAAACAAGUAACCUUAUAUGGUGUGAUUCAGCUGUUCAGCAGGAGAAGAUUGCAGAGCUGCAAAAUUACCAGAGGAUCAACCAUUUUCCAGGAAUGGGGGAGAUCUGUAGGAAGGAUUUCCUAGCGAGAAAUAUGACCAAAAUGAUCAAGUCCCGACCUCUGGAUUAUACCUUUGUUCCUCGAACAUGGAUCUUCCCUGCUGAAUAUACACAAUUUCAGAAUUAUAUGAAAGAAUUAAAGAAAAAAAGAAAGCAGAAGACUUUUAUAGUAAAACCAGCUAAUGGUGCAAUGGGUCAUGGGAUUUCUUUGAUAAGAAAUGGUGACAAACUUCCAUCUCAGGAUCAUUUGAUUGUUCAAGAAUACAUUGAAAAGCCUUUCCUAAUGGAAGGUUACAAGUUUGAUUUACGAAUUUAUAUUCUGGUAACAUCGUGUGAUCCACUAAAAGUAUUUCUCUACCAUGAUGGACUUGUGCGAAUGGGAACAGAGAAGUACAUUCCACCUAAUGAGACCAAUUUGACCCAGUUAUAUAUGCAUCUGACAAACUACUCUGUGAACAAGCACAAUGAGCAUUUUGAAAGGGAUGAAACUGAAAACAAAGGCAGCAAACGUUCCAUCAAAUGGUUUACAGAAUUCCUACAAGCAAAUCAACAUGAUGUUGCUAAGUUUUGGAGUGAUAUUUCAGAAUUGGUGGUAAAGACUCUGAUUGUAGCAGAACCUCAUGUCCUUCAUGCAUAUCGAAUGUGCAGACCUGGUCAACCUCCAGGAAGUGAAAGUGUCUGCUUCGAAGUCCUGGGAUUUGAUAUUUUGUUGGAUAGAAAACUAAAGCCAUGGCUUUUGGAGAUCAAUCGAGCUCCAAGCUUUGGAACUGAUCAGAAAAUAGACUAUGAUGUAAAAAGGGGAGUGCUGCUAAAUGCACUGAAGCUACUAAAUAUCAGGACCAGUGAUAAAAGGAGAAACUUGGCUAAACAAAAAGCUGAGGCUCAAAGGAGGCUUUAUGGUCAAAAUUCAAUCAAAAGGCUUUUACCGGGUUCCUCAGACUCAGAACAGCAGAGACAUCAGUUGGAGAGGCGGAAAGAAGAGUUGAAGGAGAGACUUGCUCAGGUACGGAAGCAGAUCUCAAAAGAAGAACAUGAAAAUCGACACAUGGGGAAUUACAGGCGAAUUUAUCCUCCUGAAGAUAAAACACUACUUGAAAAGUAUGAAAAUUUGUUGGCUGUUGCCUUUCAGACCUUCCUUUCAGGAAGAGCAGCUUCAUUCCAGCGAGAGAUGAAUAAUCCAUUGAAAAGGAUGAAGGAGGAAGAUAUUUUGGAUCUUCUGGAACAAUGUGAAAUUGAUGACGAAAAGUUGAUGGGCAAAACUGCCAAGUCUCGAGGACCAAAGCCUCUGUCUUCCAUGCCCGAGAGUACUGAGAUAACAAAAAGACAGAAGUACUACAGCAGUGACAGCAGCUAUGGUAGUAGCAGCAGCUCUUCAGAAUCAGAAGAAAAUGAAAAAGAAGAGUACCAAAAUAAGAAAAGAGAAAAGCAAGUUACAUAUAAUCUUAAACAGUCCAACAACUACAGAUUAAUCCAACCAUCCAGCUCCAUAAGGCGUUCAGUCAGUUGCCCUCGGUCCAUCUCUUCUCAAUCACCAUCCAUUGCAGACAACCGCCCCUUUUCUGCUCAACAAGUGAUAUCAUCAUCCCGGUCAGCCUCAGGGUCUCGGUCUCAUUCUUUAAACCGUGCUUCCUCCUACGUGAGACAUCUGCCUCAAAGUAAUGAUGCCAGCUCUACUGACUCUCCGAUGAGUGAGUCUUUGCGGCAACUGAGACCAAAAGAACAAGAAGACGAUCUAACAAGUCAGACCUUAUUUGUUCUCAAGGACAUGAAGAUCCGGUUUCCAGGAAAAUCAGAUGCAGAAUCAUUACUUCUGAUAGAAGAUAUGAUUGAUAACUGGAAGUAUCAUAAAACAAAAGUGGCUUCAUAUUGGCUCAUAAAAUUGGACUCUGUAAAACAACGAAAAGUUUUGGACAUAGUAAAAACAAGUGUCCGUACAGUUCUUCCACGCAUCUGGAAGGUACCUGAUGUCGAGGAAGUAAAUUUAUAUCGGAUUUUCAACCGAGUUUUUAAUCGCUUACUCUGGAGUCAUGGCCAAGGACUGUGGAACUGUUUCUGUGAUUCAGGAUCCUCUUGGGAGAGUAUUUUCAGUAAAAGCCCGGAGGUGGUGACUCCUUUGCAGCUCCAAUGUUGCCAGCGCCUGGUCGAGCUUUGUAAACAGUGCCUGCUAGUGGUUUACAAAUAUGCAACUGACUCAAGAGGAUCACUCUCAGGCAUUGGUACCAAUUGGGGUAAUUCCAGGUAUUUACUACCAGGAAGUACACAAUUCUUCAUGAGAACACCAACCUACAACUUGAAAUACAGUUCACCUGGAAUGGCUCGCUCAAAUGUUUUGUUUACAUCCCGGUAUGGCCAUUUGUGAAACAGAGGGAAGAUCGCCAUGGGUUAUGCAUAAUAACAAUUCAUAUUUUUCCCAACUUAACGUUGCAAAGACAGUGACCAUUAAGUGCUGUUUUAUGUAUAUAUGACAUAUAUGUGUGUGAAACUAUAUACACACAUGCACUCAAAUAACAUAUAUAUUUAUUAUAAUAUAUGAAGGAAGAAUUAGCAGGAAACUGGAUAUAAGAUUUAACCUUUCUGGAAAUGUAAUAAACCAUGUUAAAAUUGUUUACACAAAUAUGUGAAUGUCUAGGGUUUGCUAGGUUUAUAAUUAAUACCUUCCUACUAGAAAUGUUAUUUUUGCUGCAGAGUAUAUAAAACAGAAUUGAUCUUGAAGAUCCCAUUACAGUGUUAAAUUAUUUUCUAGGUAAUAUGACUUUUGAUUUGAAAAAGCAUUAAUAGUAAAUUACCUUAUUAAUUCUCAUAUAUAGUAGCUAUUUAAAAUGAAAACAAAAAUUAGAAGCCUGGUGUUGCUUGAUGAUAGGAUUAAGUAUGAAACAGGUUUGUCAUUACUAUAGCACACUGUAAAGUACUAUAAAAUCCCAACCAGAUUCUCCAAGAUUUUUAUCCCUCAGUGUGGAAAUUUAGCUACUUGUGAAAGUGAUAAUGUAAAUUUUCAGUAAGGAUCUGGUAAGGUCAUAUUAUGAUCUAAAAUGGAAGACAAUCCAGUGGAUUAAAAAUAAACAAAACUUACUAGCUUGUAUUUUUACUUUUAAUUGGGAGUCACAUAAAGGGAACAGAAAAUGGUGGUAAUGACAGAAUCGUUCCAUAUGAUUUUUGUAUCUCUUACCACUGUUACCACAUUCACUUUUUUUUGGAAAGUAUAUCUCUGAUGAGUACAUAUGGUCAAAUACAAUUUCUUCUGUUCAAAGAGCUGAUAUUUUAAAUUUAUUUCAGUGUUACAGAAUGAUGUGUCACACUUAUUUUAUAAGUCUCUCAAUGCUGAGACCAACUUACAUUGCAAAGACUAAUACAGAGUUUCAUAUUGCACCAUAGAAAAUAAUCUAAAUUAUUGCAAAUAGAAGAUUCUGAUUACUAAAUAUUAUUAGUCAUCGAUGUGCUCUUGAGAGUUUUAAAAAAAUCAAAAUAGAGUUUGAAGUUUUCUUCUUGUCCAAAGUUAUUUUUUUUUUUUUUUUUUUUUUUUUUUGCGAUAUGCGGGCCUCUCACUGUUGCGGCCUCCCCCGUUGCGGAGCACAGGCUCCGGACGCGCAGGCUCCGGACGCGCAGGCUCAGCGGCCAUGGCUCACGGGCCCAGCCGCUCCGCGGCAUAUGGGAUCCUCCCAGACCGGGGCACGAACCCGUAUCCCCUGCAUCGGCAGGCGGACUCUCAACCACUUGCGCCACCAGGGAGGCCUCUUUUUUUUGUUUGUUUGUUUUUUUGUUUUUUUGUUUUUUUGUUUUUUGGGUUUUUUUGCAAAGUUAUUAAGUGUAAGUUUCAUAGCAGUUUACUUCCUUUUUUUGCUUGCAGUUUCAAAAACAAUGAGUGAGCUUUCAGUUUUCUAUACAAAUAUAAAUAGUACCAUGGAUAUCCUUAGAGAUUGCAAUAUUCACCUUUUAGAAUUUUAUUUAAACUUCUCCCAGUAGCUUUAUUUUCUCACAGAUGGUAAUUAUUUGCAACAUUCAUGAGUGUUUUACCUCCUUUUACUAUCCUGAAAGCUAUUUCCAGUAAAUCGAGAAAUGGUCCCAAAGCAGAAGGAGAACUGAGAGGGGCAAACUGGCCUGCUUUAAUUCACAAGCUGGAUAACUGGCAACCCAAAGUUGUAAGUUGAUAUAUUGUGCUUUUAAAGCCAUGUUCUGAGGCUGUAUUAGGAUAAAGUAGGUUCUUCCCUAAAUUAUUGCUGGCUACUUGAUUCUUUAUGACUACCUACCAUCCGUAUUCCAGUGGAUACUUUUCCUUGCUAAUUGCAUCCCAAAGAAGAGUUUGUUAUUGUCUUUGUGGGAAAAGAGGAUAAGGAUGUCAGGAUGAAGGAAAUUGCAGUGUAGCUCUGAGUGCUUAUGACGCCAUUUUGUGAAUUCUUAAAUAUGUUUAGAAUUUUUUGGAAUAAAUAAUGCAAAAAUUGGGAUAGUAACAAAAUUAUUAUAAGAAUGAUCAUCAAGUAGGCCUUUUCAUGGAGCAGUUUUAGUCACUUUUCAUUGAAAUUCAUGACUUGUUCAUGAAUGAGACACAAUUUCAAGUGUCUGGUAUAUGAUAUCAACCCAGUUUGUUGGCCACUCACUUGCAUUAGCUUAAAUCACAAUGGUGACUUAAUUUGCUAGAGUGGGUACUUUGGAAGUUCUUCUCUUAGUUGUAUAAAAGUGAAAUUUUUAUUUAAAACAAAAAAAGAAUGUCUAACAUGUCUUCCCCUGGGGAAAAAUAAAUACAAAAAAAGUAAAUUUAAAUAUAUGAAACUACCCAGUUAGUUACUGAUGAGCAAAUUUCAUUUUCAUUCCUCUAGCUACCUAAGUCUGGCAUUGUUUGAGUGCUAGAAUUUUAUUGCCCACAUUUGCCUCUUUAUACUGAUCUAGUCUGAUAUGAUGAAGUUGUGAAUAAAAGCCAUGUGCUCAUUAUUUAUGUAUACUACCUGGUAUGCUGUGGACGACGGUUGUGUUAAUGCUUAUUCCCUAAUGAGAAACUAAGAAAAGAAGAUACAGUAAUAAACCGUGGAAGACUUUAGAGGCCAUAGAAAUAUUUUAGUGAUAUAAAAUAUUCCUUUGUUUUUAUUAUAAAAUUUUUAUUCAUAGAGUUAAAACGUAGCAGUAUAAGUGAUAGCAUGGGUCUGACUCUCUCUCUUCUAGGAGAGAAAAUAACUUUAUCUGAAAAACUCAGAAGCUAUCCAAUCUUACCAAGAGAUUUUGAUAGGGAAUUUGGUUUACUUAUGAUGAAAGCAUAUUUUCAUUCUGUUAUUAAAAAAUAUAUCCCUGCUCAUUCUGUGACUAAUGCUUUCCAGAACUGUAUAUGUUUGGAAUGAUUCCAGAAUUGUUCAAGAAGUAACCUUUUAAUGUUCAAUUAUUAUCUAUGAACAUUGUAUGAGAUUGCAGAUUAGUUUUCACUGUAAUAAUCCAGCAUUGUAAUAAUUACCAUUUGCUUAUGUAUUCUGUUGAAGGAACUAUUUGUGAUUCAUAUUAUGAUUAUUAGCAACAAAUUUUAUUUCAUGUUGCAUGUGUAAAAAUGAAGUUAUAACAGGAUCAAAUAUGGAAAUGCCAAUGGUAACCUCUGUCAGAUGCAAAGCUCUAUACAAAUUUUUUCAUAUAUCUGAAUUAGGUCUAAAUACACAAAAUUUUUCUACUAAUUCCUCCCCCCAGAACUAAAAUGAACCAAACUCAAGCAAAAAACCCCAAUCUUCUUCUCAUCUAAUAUUGACACACAGCUAUAUGAUAGUGGCUUCUAGACAUCAAGAAAAAGAUUUCAUUCUAAUUCUUUUUUAAAUUUGGAAAGUAUAUGAUUAUAGAAUUUUGUUAUCUAAAUCUAAAUUUCAUGGUUUAAUAUAAAUUAAUCCAAAUGCUUUCUUCUUUAGCAUGACAAAGUCAUUCCAUUUAAAACUUCUCUUU